CGUGUGAGGAUGAUGAUGCAUGAUGCCAUGGGAAAUGUCUGGAGCACGCAUUAUAUGAAUGACAACUUCUCCCUCAGGCACCUCGACAGGGAGGUCUCAGAAAAAGAGAAAAGGCAAUGGCAUGUACUACCCAUACUGCUGGCUGCUUUUUCCCGCCGCUUCGGAACCCUGUGGACUCGGAGGUGGUUGAAGGGAAAGUUUUCACUGGUGAGGAUGGCAGCACAUACACGCAUGCAAGAGGGCAGGAAGCCACGUAUGAUGGAGUAUGCUCACAGAUAUGGGACCAUGUCACAAUGAGGAGUGACGUUUUAUCUGCCAUGGACAGUGGGGCCCGUGUCAUCCCUGAAGGACAGUUGCAGCAGCAUAUGGCCCCUGAAAAGUAUGGCUAUCGUGUCAAUUGGGUCCCAGGAUGUUUGCAUCCUGCAGUGGUUGAUGGCAAGGUGACGAUGGCAGCAAGACUGCAAUCAGGGCAUUGGCUCCCAUUGGGAUGGAUGCAUGCAGGCAUUGUGGAGCAUUGGCAGUUCCUCGUGGUUCUGGCACGUGUCUCAAUUUUCAAUAUGAAUGUAAAGGACCACGUGCUGGUGGUUGAACACGCAAAGCGGUGCUGGGAGAAGAUAAGGGAGGAGAAGCGUCAGAUGGUGUGCGCGGGUUAUGACUCCAUUGCUGACCACGGGAUGUGGUCCAUGGUUGAGGGGAGUUGUACGGCCCAAGAGCACGCCGACGGUCAGAACAAAUAUACGGCUCGCAUUCGCCGCAGGCACGGUUGCACGACCGUUCUUGGUUGGGUCCCGGUCGUAUGUCCCAUGGCAUAUGAGCAUGGUGGAGACGUCACCAUGAGAUUCAGAGACCCGCUUGGUGCGCCUUUCCAUCUGACCUACUCGGAUGGACUCCUGCGAGAUAUUCGGUAUCUGUCGGAGAAUGGCUUGGCAGCACAGGGUGACAUGGGCGGGCCGAGCGAUGUCGCGAUGUCGCAGAGCCCGGGGAAGAAGAAGAAGUGCACGUCGGGACUGCCACGUGGGCAGACGCCCGCAGGCAAAAACAAGGUGAACCCGAAGGCGGUGCCAGGGACCGGAGACACCGCAGGUGCACGAACUCAGGUCCCCAGACGCCGUCGACGCCCCGGGUUGGCAACUUUGUCGGAAAUCAUAAAGUUGCAACGAUCCACCGACCUUUGCUUGGCUUUCAGGCCGUUCUUGCGUCUCGUGCGCGAGGUUGUGGAGCGGGACAUUGCUCCGGGUAUGGGCGUGAGGUUUCAGAUGACGGAGGUGCGUGCUUUGAUGGAGGCUACCGAGGCGUACCUGGUCGCCAAUUUCGAGAACACCAACGAGGUGGUCAUCCAUUCGAAGAGGGUGACGAUCCAGGUCAGGGACAUUAGACCGGUGGAUAGGUUGUCGAAGCCUCGCUGGGUUGAGAAAUAUCAAGGUAUGUUGGACGAGAAGGCGAGAGCUGAGGAGAGACAGGAACGGAUGGAGGCCAGACAGGCGGAAAGGGAUGGCAGCAGAGCAGGGGCGAAGAAGAGGAAAGCAGUGUCACGGAUGUGCGAAGAAGGAGACGUGGACAUGACAAUGCAGCAGACAGGGGGGACAUAUACACCUGCGAGCUUGGGCAAGUUGUUGCGCACUGUGACACGGAAUGGGGGAAUGCUGGUUGAUGGGUUGAAGGACGAGUUGAAGAGUGGUGCUGCAGAAAUAUUGGUGUUGUCUAGAAUGAAGGACAUUAUACAAACACCGCCAGAAGACUUUCAAGAUGUUCCUGUCAUUGUCGCAGAUGGUGUGGAAUAUAUUCUGUUGGAUCAACUUGUGGACUUCAUGAAAAACAGUGACGACGACAGGAACGUCAUCCAUGAGGCGUUGCAUGAAGUCACAGAGUUUGCACUGCAGGGUCAAGAUCUGAUAGAAUUUGUGCCAGCAAGAACAAAAGACAACAUCAUAUCUGGCAGACCGUUGUGGGGGGAGUUGUUAUCAGCUACUUUGGAGCGACUCGGUCUUGUAAGUUGCGAUGUUGAGAAACAAAGAGAAAGAGAAGAAGGGUGGAAGGUGAUGGCCACGGAAACAAAUUUAGCAAUCAUUCCAGACAAUGGACAGACAUCAGCAGCACAAGAAUCAAUAACCAGUGUGACAAUCGAUGUGCCCCCCAUGCAGAUAGCAACGAGAGAGGAACUAGUGUGUUGCGAUAUCUUCAAUGCUUUCACAAUGGAGAAAGAACAGUGUGAUCGUGGAUUUGAAGAGACCGAUUUGCCAAGUUGUUUUGCAGAGUACACAGACAGUGCAGAAGAAGAAGAUGAAGAAGAGGAUGAGGGGGCAUCAUCUUAUGACGUGGAAGUGAGCGGCAACGAUGUCAGUAGCGACGAGGAAAACGAGGAACAUGAUGUAUACUAUGUUUUGAAGGCGGUGGGUGGACAAGUGACAAAAGGGUGGGCACAUGCAAUUCUGAGAUUGGCACGUGUUUUUCCCGAUCCGCACAAAGUAUUGCGUGUUGUGAUGAAGGGGGCAACACCAGAUGGUGCACUACAGUAUGCCACAGUGACCAGCAUAAUGAAAUCAUGCAACAAGGGGAAAAAGUGGUCACAAAAUGGACAGCGGUCCACGGGUGUGAGACUGUGGCAGGCCUUUCAUGUCAUUACGAACUUUGAACUCACAUCGUGCAAGGGCAUGCUCGGCCGUGGCGACAAAAGAACACAUGGCCAGGAGAUGGGUGUGGUCGAUGACGCCGGACCAUCAAGUCUAGGUGCAGUGAAUCUCGUGAGCGAUGAGAGCGAGGACGCCGGGGCCCCCGAGAAUGUAGACGGGAAGGGCGGGACAUUCGAAGAGCAGCAACUGCAGCCUGUCGAAUCUUUUGACAGCUCUCGCAAGCUGGCGACACUAAUUUUCUCCGCCAGGGGCGACAUCGGUAUGUCGCAGAGCGACAUAGAUGCUCUCUUGUCACUUCUUACAGACCCGAGAUUCUGCACGAGAGACAUCGCAUGUCGUAAUAGCCGAGAGUGUUUGACAUGGGCAUGGAGUCUGGCAGAGGCUGCUGGAUGGAAAAAGUUGGAUCUACGUUGUGACGAUUGGCCACGGGAUGCGCACGCCAUCUUGUGGCACCGUGACUGGCGAACGACAUUUCUGUCGAUUUUUCAUAUCGCAUUACAGAAAUGCGAGACGGUGUCUUCUCUAGAAGUGUCUCCGUCGUCAGAGCACCUCAGUAUAUCCGGCCUACGCAGCGGGGCGCUAAGUUAUCACAUCCAGUCGAUCAUUCGAGCGGAAAAAGGUGUGGACGAGAAUGGUAAUCCACGUUAUGUUAUCGCUCUUUCAUUGUAUUCCGACAAGACACAUACAGACGGUCGUCAAAAACAGACGGCGUACCCUCUGAUGAUGUCACUAGCCGACCACGCAUCCGAAGCCACACUGCUGGCCUAUCUUCCUGUGCUUCAUCAUCGUCCGCGUGACAAAGGAUGGGGUCUGCAGUCCACCGCACUCAGAAAGCAAAAGACCAUCAUUUUGCACAAGACCCUUUCAGUGGUGUUGCAGUCUGCGAAGGAGGCAUCUCAUGACGGAAUAAUGAUACCGACAACGGGAUUCGGGGACAUAACUGUCUACCCUUUCCUCCUCAACUAUAUCCAGGACUACCCAGAACGAUGUGCGCUUGCAAUUGUGAAGUUUGGUGUAUGUCCGACAUGCACCGUGUUCAAAAACGAUUUUGAUGUCAUAGCCGAUUUCACAGACUCCAGGAGAUCACAGAUGCUGGAAACACACCUCACAGCAGAUGUGUUCACCGCCGACGACAUCGACGUUCGCCGUCCAGCGGAAGCACAAAUGUCGGAGUUGAACAUGCAUGGGCAUGUUCAACAGAACGACCUUUGGGGGUUCUACAGGGGCCCCAAUGGUGACGAUCCUCAGCUAGACUACCACUUGUCAUUGCAACCAGACCGUAUGCACACAAUCAAGCACGACAUAUUCCUGCACAUGAUUGACGCAUUCUGGACCGCAGCCUUUGAGAAGUUGUCGCACUUACCGCAAACAGAGAUCCUGAAGGAACUAGAUGCAAGGUUGCAAAGCGUUAGUCAGAGGGGGAUUUUAAAGCUGAAAGAACGCAAUGAGUCACCCCCUACGACUCCUGCCCCACGGAACCGUGUCAGCGGCGUCAAGAACCGUCCAUCCAAGGCCCCCGAGAAGAGGUCGCGGGAAGACGGAAUGUCAAAGGUGCACCGCAGGACAAAGAAGAGAAUCACGUACAAAAAGGACAGAAUGGUGGAGAUUAUCGAUCUGAGAGCCUCGGACGAUAUGCACAGCGGGGCCCGAGAGGAAGCAGAAGAGGAACACGACCAGUCCAUAUCAGAAAAGUCUGACGGGGCGGAGAACGAGACAACAAGUGACGAGGGAGGUGAGGGAGGUGACAGUGAAACUUCCGACGGGCAUUCUCGCGACACCCACGACGCUGAUGACGAGGAAAGCAGGAGGAGCGACAACACAACGCAGGACGAGGGCGGUGACAGGGCAGGCGAAGACGACAGAAGCGCGGACGGGAGAGGGAGUUCCCCAUCUCCGGGAAGAACGCGACGCACGAGGGAACCCGAAAGUGGCGGCGAGGGAGGCGCAGCCGACGCGCCCUCCAUUGACAGACAACUAGUGAGGCACGACAACGCAGUUAAAAAAGGUAAACAAAAUGUGUUGAAGUUGCUCCUCUUGCACAACGAUUACGUGGUAACGGCGCAAAGUGAUGACAUUUCCUUAAUGCGAGAAUGUCGAUGUGAUGAACGAACAGUUGAAACGGCUGUCGAAUUUGGCAGGUGCGAAAAUGGGUGCGAAAUGCCGAGUUCUUAAUAUUAUUUUGUGCGUUGUAAUGUGUGUCUUCCAGCAGAUGGCACGAACUCGCAAAAAAAAGAGUGCGGGAACAGGGGAGGAUAGCAACAAGGCAAUCAAGAAAGCGGCGUAUUCUCGAAGAAAAUGAAGGACAGACUGUUCCGGACGGUCGCAAAAGUCUUUGCGUUCUCAGCAGCAAAGGACGCAACCCUGUACCCAACAGAGGAUGAAUUCUUCACGGCGCUGCAAAUAACGGUCAAACUGAUAAGGGAGAACGCCGAGGAAGGACUGCGAUCACACGUAGCGGAGUGCGGGAUUCGCGCAGUCAUAGGGGAGUGCAACAGAAUGAUGACAACCGUGCGUGGAGAGAUAACAUGGCAACUAAAACAUUGGUUAUGGGCUGAAAAUUGGAUCCCACUUGUACGAUCGCAGCAAACAGAUCACCAGCUCCCUACUCGCAACAAGAUGCGAGCAGAGAUGAAGGAGAACAAAACGUGGAGACGGAG